GUUGCCAAUCUCUUCUAGAACUGAAACUGGAAGCACCGCACCGCCGCGAGCGCGACUGUUUCCAUCACCAUCAUUCAUCAUCCGGGCCUCAUCUCUCAACUCAAUAGUCACCCGGUGGUCCAACCGUGCGGAUCGUCGUUAUUCUGUGUUGUUUUGUGUAUUUCGCGUAAUUCGCGUCGUCAAGUGAUUCCCGAAACGAGAAGAGUUAUUCGAAAAAAAAAAACCUUAAACGAUCGAGUCGCGAAUUUCGUGCGUGCCACAGUGCUGAAUUACAGAAUAGCGGAAGAGCACAUCAGUUCUGCCUGUUUUGUGUGUUGAUUUUGUCCGGUCGCCAUGUGCCUCGAAGGAAAAGAAGACGCCCCGGUCAGCCUACCGAAGGAGUCCUACCAGCAGAUACUCGAGGAAAUAGUCCGCACCGAGUUGGACACGGAUGACUACACCAUCGAGCUGAGUGCCGGCUCCAACAAAGGCGACAACUACAUGGGGGUGGUCUUCCGAGCGCAGGCCGAGUGUCGCCGCACCGGCAAGAAACUCUCCGUCAUUGCCAAACUGCCCCCGCAGAGCGAAGCCCGGCGGAAUCAGUUCUUCACCCGGCCCAGCUUCGAGCGGGAGAUCAGCUUCUACACGGAAAUCUACCCGAUGAUGGCGGAUUUCCAGCGAGAGAAGGGAAUCAACCUGGAGGAUGGGACGGAAGCGUUCAACCAGAUUCCACACUGCUACCGGACCAGCUUGGUGGACCUGGAGGAAGUGAUCAUGAUGGGAGACCUGAAAGCGGCCGGCUUCGACAUGUUCGACCGGCAUCAGGAACAGAAGUACGAACACUUCGAGUUGGUCAUGCGGACGCUGGGGCGGUUCCACGCGUUGUCGUUCGCCCUGAAGGAUCAACAUCCGGAGCGGAUCGAGAAGUUCAAGGGAAUGGUGGAACUGUUCACGACACGGGAAGACGACGGCCAGAUGGACCAAUGGUUUUCGAUGUUGACCACCCGGAUGAUGGACGCACUGGAUCGGGAGAAGGAUCCCGAGGUAUACGAGAAGGUGCAGAAGGCGAUAGAGGGUAAAUUUAUGGACAAGGUCAAGGAGCAGACUAAGGGAGAGCUGGCGGAACCGUACGCGGUCAUCUGCCAUGGCGAUUGCUGGAACAACAAUAUGCUGUUUAAGCAUGAGAACGGCAUUCCCGUGGACAUCCGGUUACUGGACUGGCAGAUCGCCCGGUACGCAUCCCCCGUGCUAGACUUGAUGUACUUCCUGUUCACUGCGUCGACCAAACGACUCCGAGACCAACACUACGAAACCCUCCUGAACGUGUACCACCAAAGUCUGUCGGACUUCCUGCGCCGGCUAGGAUCCGAUCCGGAAAAGCUAUUUCCCCGCACAGCCUUGGACGAACAGCUGCGGCAGUUCGGACGGUUCGGACUGCUGAUGGCUGUAAUGCUACUUCCGAUCAUUACCACCAAAAGCGAAGACGUUCCAGAUUUGGAGGAGAUGGCCGAGAAGAUGGAAAGCGGAGCGGAUUUGUCUGCCGAGGUGGACAACUUCCGGUCGGAAUCGACGGAGGACAUCUACAAGGAGAAGAUCGUCGGUUGUUGUCAGGAUAUGGUCCGACUGGGGUACAUUUAGGGUUUAUUGACGUUCGACGAAAAUUGUUUUACAGUAUUUCUGUGUAAGUAUCAUUGUCCGGGGAGACCAAAAAUCCUAGAUGUAGCUUAAAACAGGGUCCAAUUCUAGCAUUUUAUGCCUAAGACACAACUACCAGUUACGAAUAAAUAAUCAAAACACGA